GUUGUCCUCAGCACUCCUUGAAAGGAAGAACUACGCGCCGCCAGUGCGAGAGUUAGUGUGUCCGCGUCCCGGACCAUGAGGGCUGUGCCCGCCGUGUGCUAGUGAUUUGGAGGCGGAGGAUCAGGUGGCCCGUGUGGCAGUGCUCGAGGAAGAGCGUCGGUCCAGCGAGCGGCUGGAGAGAUUACAGCAUGGCGGUGUGGGCCGCUGCAGCCCCGCGGCGCACGGCAGCACCUCGCCGCUGCCCUCUGCUGCUGGCGGCGAUGAUGCUGCUGCUGCUGCUGGCGGGCCCGACGCCGUGCGAGGCCCAGGUGAGUGGAGGGGUGAGUGGCGGCGGUGGUCGGGGCACGAGCAGCAGCAGGUUGGGACAGGGGCGAGUGGAGCACGUCUCUGACCAGGACAUGUUGCCGCGUCACGACCGGUGUGAGCCGAUCGCCAUCACGCUGUGCAAGGACAUCCAGUACAACACCACCAUCAUGCCCAACCUGCUCAACCACCAUACGCAGGAGGAGGCGGGCAUGGAGGUGCACCAGUUCUUCCCGCUGGUCAAGGUGCAGUGCUCGCCGGACCUUCACUUUUUCCUGUGCAGUGUGUACGUCCCCGUGUGCACCAUCCUGGACCGCCCGCUCCCUCCUUGCCGCCACCUCUGCCUCUCGGCGAAGGACGGCUGCGAGGACCUCAUGAACAAGUUCGGGUUCCAGUGGCCGGAGUCUCUGGACUGCAACAAGUUCCCUGCGGGACCCAACGAGCUGUGCGUGGGCGAGAACAGCACCUCGCCGCAGCCGCCGCCGUUCCCCGUGUCAGACCCGCCGCCCGUGGACUAUGCCGGGAAAGACUUCCAGUGCCCCGUGCACUUCAAGGUGCCCAAGGACGAGCAGUACAAGCUGCGGGUGGGCGGGGUGGAGGCCCAGGACUGCGGCGCCCCCUGCCAUGGCAUGUUUUUCGACGAGGAGCAGCUGACCCUCUCCAGGCGGUGGGUGGGCGGGUGGGCGGCUGUGUGCCUCGCCUCCACCACCUUCACCGUCGCCUCCUUCCUGGCAGACGUGCGUCGCUUCCGCUACCCCGAGCGACCCAUCAUCUUCAUCAGCAUGUGCUACUGGUUCAUGGCGGCCACCUACGUGGUGGGGCUGCUGCAGGGGGACCGUGUGGCGUGCGACGACCCCUGGGACCCGCCGCAGUACCUGCCGGAGCUGAAGGACCAGAUGAUCCGCACCAUCACCCAGGGCGUGGAGCGGCAGUGGUGCACCAUCGUGUUCAUGACGCUGUACUUCUUCACCAUGGCGGCGUCCAUCUGGUGGGUGGUGCUCACGCUCACCUGGUUCCUGGCGGCGGGCCUCAAGUGGAGCCACGAGGCCGUCGAGAACAACUCAGCCUGGUUCCAUCUUGCAGCCUGGGCCAUCCCCGCCGUCAAGACCAUUAUCAUCCUGGCCACCGAGAACGUAGAAGGUGACGUGAUGACGGGCGUGUGCUUCGUGGGUCUGUGGGACGUGCGGGCGCUGCAGGGGUUCGUGCUGGCGCCGCUGUUCUUCUACCUGGUGCUGGGCACGGCCUUCCUGCUGACGGGCUUCGUGUCGCUGUUCCGCAUUCGCACCAUCAUGAAGCACGACGGCACCAAGACGGACAAGCUGGAGCGUUUCAUGGUGCGCAUCGGCGUGUUCAGCGUGCUGUACACCGUGCCCGCCACGGUGGUGGUGGCCUGCCUCUUCUACGAGCAGGCGCACCACGACGAGUGGAUGGUGGCGUGGCAGCGUGACAAGUGCUUGGCGCGCGAGGAGCCCUGGGUGGCCUACAGCAUCAACUGUCCCCCGGGCGUGGGCCGCGACACGCCCCUGGCGCGCCCUGACUUCGUCUUCUUCAUGGUGAAGUACCUGAGCACGCUGGUGGUGGGCGUGGCCUCGGGCUUCUGGGUGUGGUCCGGCAAGACGCUGCUGGUGUGGCGGAACUGCUGCCUCGGCCGCCGCACCGAAAGCUACGUGUGACAGUCCGCCCCCGCCUGGCCCCCCGUGCCGCCUCCCGCCCACGCCCUCACCCCUCAGCCGCCCUCCGCCGCCGCCGCACAGGCCAACCCGUCCGUGGCCAGGCUGCUGCCGGAGGAGGCGGUGCCCUUCAGGCCCUCGCGCACCCCCGAGGAGACCAACUUCUAAGGGCUGAGGGGCGGGCGGGCAGGGGCCAACGCUCCUCCGCCGCCGCCGCCGCCGGGGCGCCGCGUCCUGCACUUACGUAGCAGCCCCGGCCGUGCGACGCGUGCCGCCACAGGCCAGUUCCCGCGCCGCACCGCACAUGCCUGCACGCUGCACGCCCGCACGCACGUACGCACGGAGCCCACGUUGGCCCGGCGCCGCACAGCCAGGCGGGGACUGCCCCGCGUCGCCUUCGGAAAGCGACACCAAUAUAUACAUAUAUAAAUAUUCUUUCCUCUUACUUUGCGUUCACAAAGCUGUCUGUCUGUCUGUCUGUCUCUUGUCACUGUCUUCCUGCACGCUAUUGUAGUCUGUUCCUCAACGUGCACGGGCGGCCCCGCCACCCACACACCCACCCACCCAUCCAACCACCACGCCCAUGCCUGUCCGGGGUGUCUGUGCUGGCUACGAACACACCGCCACCCACACACACUCCCCACCAGACAACACUUCACCUCCACCCACGCCACGGAACACUUGUACUACACCCUCAGCCCACACACCCACGCCACGCCGCCCCGCCCCGCCCCGCCCAUCAUUGCAACACGUGGGCGGCGCCUCUGCCACCACCACGUUGAGGCCAUGUGGGCGGGCCAGCCAGACCCUCCCAGACACGCCCACUCACACACACCCAAACACCACAGUCGUGACCAGACACACCAACAUAACACAAAACACUCUUUGUCCCCUCUCCCCCCUCCACACACAAACACACACACCAGCACUAUAGCCACAGUCCUUAAUGCUUGCACCACCACCACCACCACCACCACCACCACCACCACCACCACCACCACCACCACCACCACGACGCCCGGAACUGAGCCAACUUACCUGAUUAGAGAAAGAAAUAGCUCACACACCAGUUUUGUAAGAAAAUGAAGAGAGUGAAAGAGGAGGAAGACAAAAAAGAAACAAGUUGAUACAUUUGAAGCGCUCUCUCUGUUUCUAUUGAUGAUAUUGCUGAUGAUACAAACUCGCUAGUGUUGCGGAGGUCAUUCAGGCUUUUAUUGUAUUUUAUCAUAGUUUUGUUGUAUUUAUUUUCUAUUUUUAUAUCUAAUUUUUUUUCCAUUUUUUUUUCUAUUUAUUUAUUUUAUUAUCAUUUUUUUUUUUUUUUUUUUUAGUGUGACAGUAAGUGGAUAUUUUCUCACACACACACACACACACACACACACCAGAAGCAUAACUCUCUUUUAAGUAUAUUUUUAUCAACUUUAUUCAUUCAUUUUUAUAUUUCCUUCACUUCCACCAAACAAACAAACAAACAAACAAACAAAAAGUAGAUAAACUGGAACCAUACGUGUACUAGACAAUCUUAUUAUUUUUAUUUUUUUUUUUUUUUUUUUUAUUUUAUAUAUUUUAACUGGCUGGGUUUAGUCUUAAUAUUCAUGUACGUAUGUAUGUAUGUAUGUAUGUGUAUGUAUAUCUACCCUUAGUUCUAUAUACUCAUGUACGUCUAUGUGUAUCCAGUAAUGAUUCAGAAUACACACCGGUAUACAUAACCCCCCCUUCCCCUUCCUAUUACUCUCCCCCCUCCUCUUUCCCCUCAGAUUCACCAUGAUGUCUUUUUUUCUUUAAUUUCCCCUCAGAUCACAAUAUUUUCACCAUUUUCCCCUCAGAUCACAAUGUUUUCACCGUUUUCCCCUCGGAUGACCAUAAAAAUUCACUAUAUUUCCCCUCAGAAUAACUAUAAUGUCAUUUUCUCCUUUAAUUUCCCCUCAGAUCACAUAAUUUUCCUCAUUUUCCCCUCAGAUCACAAUAUUUUCACCAUUUUCCCCUCAGAUCACCAUAAAAUCCACAAUAUUUCCCCUCAGAAUCACUAUAAUGUCACUUUCUCCCCCCCCCCCUUCCUAUUACUCCCCACCUUCACCCCAGUAUGAACUUAAGGGGCGGGGCACUUAAGGGUGAAGGGGUCACUCAUGUGUAUGUAAGGUGUGUGUACGUUUUUAAUUUACGUACACAAACGCACACAUUUUUUUAUGUGUACUCAGUCAUCUGCUUAGCUCUUCCCCUCUUUUUCCCCUCUUUUUCCUCUUUUUCCUCCCUUUUUCCUCUUUUUCCUCCCUUUUUCCUCUUUUUCCCUUCAUUUUCUUAUCCCUUUUCCUGUGACAUCCCCUAUUCUCUUCCAUUCUCUCUUCUUCCUCUUUUCAUAUCCUUUUCCCAUUUUCUUCCUUUUCUUGUUCCUAUUUCUCUGUUUUAUCCCCCUCUUCUCCUCUUCCAUCCUCUCAUAUCUCUCCUUUCCC